AUGGAUCCGGGGGAUCUGCUGGGCCGCCGGAUCCCGCGCCGGGGGGUUGUGGAGCUGUGUGGGGCACCGGCUCCCUCUGGACUGAGCUACGGCCGCUGGAUCCCAGCCCGGGGCACGGUGGAUCUGCCUGGGGCUCCCACCGGGAUUGUGCUCCCGCCACCGGAUCACAGCGGAUCUGCUCGGGCGCUGGGCAACGCCCGGGCCUCCUCCCGGCACUGGAUCCCACGCGGGAUUGCAGGGGAUCUGCCUGCGGAUCCCGCUCUGGGGGUGACCCUGCGCCGGGCGUCCUCCGGCAAGAGCCGCAAAGAGAAGAGCAGCAACCGCCUGUCCAUGGGCAGCAGGGAGGCGGCGGAGGGUCCCGGCCGCCCCUCGGGCUCCCCCUUCCUGCCCUUCUCGUGGUUCUCGGACAGCGCCAGGAGCUCGGGCUCCCCCGGCUCCGCAUCCCCCUGCGGCUCCCCCCGGCACGAGGGGCUCAGCCCCGCCAAAUCCGCCUCCCAGGACUCGACGCUGAGUGAGGACUCCCCCCCGCCCAGCAGCAGCCCCCGCCUGCCCGGGCCCCCCCGCGCCAAGUGCUCGUACCCCUACCACACCCUGUCCCAGUCCUCGGACGAGUUCCUGGAGGAGCCCCCGGGCGCGGCCGCGGGCUGGACGUGCCAGCAGGUGGGGCAGUGGCUGCAGAGCCUGAGCCUGGAGCAGUACGUGCAGGACUUCUCUGCCCACGGCGUGGACGGGCCCCGGCUCCUGCACCUCGACGGGGCCAAGCUCAAGGCGCUGGGGGUGGGCAGCUCCCAGGACAGGGCGGUGCUGAAGAGGAAGCUGAAGGAGCUGAGCCUGGCGGCCGAGAGGGAGCGCAAGGCCCAGGAGAAGGCGGAGAAGCAGCGGGAGAAGCAGAAGAAGAAGGAGCUCCAGGAGCAGCGGUGGAGUUAAGGGGGGGCCUGGGAGCGCCCCUGCACCCCCUCCCCACCCACAGCCCCCCCCGGCGUGGGACACACUGGCGUGGCUGAGGGACGUGCCAGGCUGAGACGAGCACGGAGCACCACGUGCCCCCCGCUCCUCCAGCCCCCUCCCCACCUGCACCCCUGCACCCCACGGGCACAGCCGGGCCCCCCCCCUCCAGGGGCCCCUUUUCCAGAUGCAAGUGGCACAUUGGACACCCCCACCCUGCCCCGUCACCCCCCACCCCAUCAGCAGCACCCCAAGGGGGGCAGAGGGGUCACGGCCAGCACUGGCUGGGGACAGCGUGUGGCCUGACCCCCCCCCACACGGGGACACUCCCCAGUUGGGGUGUGGGGGGUGAUUGCUGACCUCCCCACACCCCCCAGCCCCAAAUACGGCGCCCCAGAGACCACGCCAGGAAAUAAAAGGGUAUCAAGGGCCAGUGCAAACCA